AUGAUGAACGACCGCCCUCCCCCGCCGGACGAACCGGAUCCGAUCGUCCCCCGCGACCUCCAGGCCAAACGCACCGUGCCGUCGCCCCGCAAAGCAGCUACCAUCCGGAGCGCGAAGGGAUCCAUCUUUGGAAAGGCGUCCAUUCCCAGCGUAUACUGGGCCGGCGACGACACGACACCGAUGAACAAUGAGGAGUUUACCUUUUACAGAGAGGGGACACCGCCGCUGCCAGAGGGCGACAAAGCUGCCCGAGCGCGGGGGUUCCGGCAGAGCGCAUUCGAUCACGACGAGGAGGACAGUGGCCGGAAUAGGAAGCGCAAGUGUUGCGGCAUGACACUGUGGGUGUUUUGGUUGCUCGUCGCGCUGAUCGUUGCGGUGGUUGUCGGAGUUGGCGUCGGCGUCGGCGUCGGUAUCGGCGCGAACCAGAAGUCGGAUCAGUCUGGCGGGAGCGCCACAAAGACGAGUUCUGCUUCGUCAACGACGGGCGCGGGCUCCGCAACGGCAACACUAUCAAUGAUCGUGCCCACAGUGUCCAGCUCGUCCGUGUCGCGAAGCAGUGACGCAACGGCGACCCCGACAGCGACGGCAACGGUACCAACCUCGGUCACCAGCAGCUCUACGUCGGCUCCGUCUCCGACGGCGACUUCGAGCGGGAACGCCAUCUGCCCGGACGCGGAUAACACGGUGUACAACGUCAUCGGCUCCGACAAGAGGUUCCUCCGGCUGUGCGGUGUGGACUACAGCGGAGACGACGGCGCCAUCGAUAUGUCCAACACGCAGGCGAGCACCAUGGGCGACUGCAUGGAGAUCUGCUCAAAGUCGGCUCAGUGUACCGGUGUCUCUUGGGGUAACGUGAUGAUCAACGGGGCGGCGGAGCUGCGAUGCUGGCUCAAGCGAGACUUGAAAAAGUCUCACGAGACUGUGGAGAACUGGAACUUUGCGAUUUUGUUAUGA